UUUCUUUCUUUCUUUCUGUCCAUAAGUGAUAAAGGAGUACAAAAAGUUUCUUAGAGUUGAAAUCAAAGUGUCAGGUGGGCGAUGUCCUCUUAGGGACCAUUGGGGACAAUCUGGUCCUAACAUCCCUCAGAGUGUUUGGUAGUUGUUGGCAUCCCUUGACUUGGAGCCAGCCUUCCUUCAGAUAGAUAUCCUUUUCUUCUGUCUCAAAACUCUCAUUUUCUCACAAGUAGCAUUUAGGACCUAGCUGUAUAACUUAGGGUUUGUCUCCUUUCCAGAUCCUUAGCUUCCUCAGGUGUUAACCAUAGAAGAUAAUGUUCAUCCUAUUGCAAUAUAAAGUAGCAUCCCCUGGGUCUGAAGAUUAAGUAGUGACUGUUCGGUGUCUUGGGUGGGGAGGCAUUGGGAGGCAGGCUUGUCAGGAAUAUAGGAGAAAAAAUGGGUGAGGUUUUUCUGACACAACCAAGGUCCCUCUAUUAACAGCUCAAUAUCAGAUCAUCUUUGGGAUUGUCUGAAUGCUUCUCUGAACACAGUAUUAAUGAGGCAUUGUAGGAGCAACCCCAAACAAAAAUACCAAUGAAUGACAUUCCUCCCCUUCAGGAGGCUCCGCUAUGGCCUGGGUCUUCAGUGUCCCACCAGGACAGCUUUGUGUCACAGUUCAUUUCCCUCCAUCGCUGUUCCCCCACCCUCGCAGGUCCAAAGUGAUGGGGCCAAGUGGUGACAGGUUGAAACACGAAGCUAAAAUAAAUCUUUCCCCUCCACUUAAGUGGAUUAUCUCAAGUAUUUUGUCAUCGUGACAGGAGGCUGACUAAUACAGGCUUCCAUCGAGCAAAUUAAAUAUAAAAUACAUUUGUAAACAACUGAAACCUCUGAGUAAGGAGAGGAGAUAACAGGGUGACCUCCAGAGGGGCGCUGAGGCAGAGGGAUAGCAGCGGCUGACUGCCUUUCCGGGCCUCCUCACUUCUGCACGUGGAUGAUUGAUGAGACCCUGUUAAUUUCUAUUUUUAAAAAGACAUAAAACUUAUUGCCUGUAAUAAAAGGCAGGCUAAAAGUUGUUGAAGAAAGCAUGCUUGCUGUAUGGGAGGGGUUGAGGGUGUGUGUGUGUGUGUAUGAGUGUGUGUGUGAGUGUGUGUGAGUGUGUGUGUGGUGUGUGUGAGUGUGUGUAUGUAUGUAUGUGUGAGUGUGUGUGUGUGAGUAUGUGUGUGGUGUGUGUGGUGUAUGUGUGUGUGUGGUGUGUGUGGUGUGUGUGUGUGUGUGUGUGUGUGUGUGUGUGUGUGUGUGUAUGUUCUGGAGAUCCACACCAUGGUCUUGUACAUGUUAGGCAAGCCUUCUACCACUGAGACACAGUUGGACCAUUUUUGUCAUUUUUAAUUUUGUGACAGUCUUACUAAGUUCUCUGUUUGGACUGGACCUCAAUCGUAGCCCAGGCUGUCCCAUGUUCCUUCUGGUUUACCUUCUGAGAAGCUGGGACUACUGGCUCAGGUUGAUUCUGUAAUUUCAACUUGUAUAAAUGAGAUGAGAGCUAUGGGAGUGUUUUAUAAGCCACAGAGACCUGAGGUGUUUGUGUUAACCUCAGGGUGCAACUCCUGCUGAUCAGUUGGUUAAAACAUGAGUUAUGUGUUGAGCUUGAAAAUGUUGCAGGGGAGCGCCCCUGUCAAGAAUCAAACAGCACACCUAUCUGCUGGGUUUUCCAACACAGCCUUGGGCAGCCCCUGAAAGCCUGGUACUGGCUCAGCUGCUUGCCCGACAUAGCAUCUCCAUUCCACAUGACUAGUUACGUAAUAUAAUAAAGCACACAGAAAAGGUGGUAUUUGUGAAUUUUAACCUAAAGCCAGUUUAUUGUCUCCCCACAAAGCUGGCAGAGUAUGCAUCCUGGGCACCAUCUGGAAUACAGGUCCCAGAUUCAAGUCAAGUACAAGAUGUGACAGCCAUGCCUCUGCCUAGUGGAGGAGGCUGGAGUGUUUUCCCAUGAAAACCCUGGAGUGAGACAGCACCAUGCUUUCUUCUCAGCUCUGUCCAACCCACUCAUCACGCCUUGAGGAUGCUUGACCCUGACCCUCCAUUCUGUACCGGCUGAAUAACGAGGACAUGCUGGUACGGAAAGGAACACAUCUGUACUCCUUGAUGAAUGCAUGCCUUAUUUUCACAAUAAUUUGAAAAAGAAUACAUCAAAAGAACCCAAGCUCAUUACUGAGGAUGAAACAAGGAAAAUGUAGAUUUUUAUUCAGGCUUUUCAGCUAAGUAGGGUCAUUCUUCCUUUAACUAAUAAUAGAUCUGAUAGAAGUUAAAACUGGUAAGUGUUGCAGACAGCUAGAAAGGUGAGCUGUGCACCCUGCCCUUAUGUAAUGCAGCCUUCCCGUGUGUGGACAGGACCUGUGCCUUCCUUCCAGACAACAGGGGCAAAUCCAUGCAAAUAGAUGUAUGUAAUUGUGGUUGUGUUGCAUUAGGUUGUAGCAUCUGUAACCCUGAGACCUCUUCUCUCUCCGUCUCUUUCUCCUUUGCUGGUUUUGAGGCCUGAGUCCCUGUGCAAAAACAGGGCAGUCUCCAGCUUAUAGCUGACACAAAACUGAAGCUUCAGGUCCGUCUGUAAAUUAUUACAUCCCAAGUAAGCCUGGAGAUGGACCCUUCCCAGCCAAGUUGGCCAUGAGAACUUCAGUCUUGUGAGAGUCUGAGCAGAAAACCCCACCAACCUCACCAGGACUCCUGACCCACAGGAACUAGAAGAUAAGAACAAUGUGUUCUUAGGUUUCUAAGUUUGUAUAACCUUGUUAAAUAACAACAGAUGCUAAUACAAGGUUUUGAAACUUUCCUCCACCCAUACCAUGACUUAGCUUAAGGGAGAAAGAUAAACACAUCUAGGUCAUAGGUAUUAAACAAACUGCUAGUCAUUUUGAUAUAUAUAUAUUUGAUAUCAGUUUCUACUACAUUCUCUUUGAUGCAUUAAAAAUAAUAAGCACAGAGCUAUUGAGAUGGCUCAGCAUUAAAUUUAUUUUUUCCCCAAAGCCAGACAACCUGACUUCAAUCUCAGGGACCCAUAUAAAGGUUGAAGGAGAGAACCCACCCCAUAAAGUUUACCUCUGACCUCUGCGUACUUGCAAUGAGAUGUAUGUCCCACUUACACACCACACACACACACACACACACACACACACACACACACACACACACACACAGAGAGAGAGAGAGAGAGAGAGAGAGAGAGAAGAAAAUAUAAAAGCAGACACAAACUAUACCUCAUGAAUAUUCUGAACAGAGGAAAGUAGACAUUGUUAUAAAAAUUCAUUGAUAAAUUAGUUACAAAUGAAGAACAGUUUGCUAAUGAAUUAGGUAAUCUAUUUAACUUCAAAUCUUUUUUGUUUUACUUGUUAUUUGUGUGACUGUAUUGGCAUGCAUGUGAUAGCCAGAGGACAACUCGUGGAGUCCUUUCUCUUCUUUUGCCUUUAUGUGGAUUCCACAGAUCAAACUCGAACCACAGGGCUCACAUGCUAAGCACCCUGUCACGCUGAGCCAUCUUGCUGGCAUGAACUGGCUGUUUUAAAAACGAAUCCUUAUAAAGACCCAGCACCUGAUGUUACCUCUACCCUACCUACCAAUCUUGUCAGUCUCCUAAGUGGAAAAAGAAAUGUACCAUCAUUUGCUGUUUCUUGCUUUAACUCUUUGGCUACAGAGGAUGGUUUAGAAUAUAAAUUCUGCAAAAUUUGCAGAGGCUUGUGAAACCGAUGAAGAGAUGUGGACCAAGUACUCGACUCUAAAGAUAGAUUUGGGCUAGUUAGACACUGCGGAUGAAAAUCAACAAGGGGAGCGAUGAUACAGCUGCGUCAGAAGAAGAUUUCAGUCUUGGGAGAUUAAAGCAGGCCUUGGGAAAAUCAAAAGGCUCUUGGAAACUGUCACAAAAAUGGCUGAUUUUAGAUCAAGUUAUUCAAGUCAAAUAAGAACAAGGGAAGCUAAGUUUUGCACUACUUUUAUAUGCAUCUCUAAUAAUUAAAAAUGAUAUCCCCUCUCAUAAAGAUUAAAAACCAACAUUAAAAAAUUUCUUUAUUCUCCUUGCUGUUCACUUUUCUAGACUUCCUGGUGGUUUCCAUGAUGCUCUAUGACCUGCAGAGGCUGCUUCUCACAGAGGCCAAGCAUAGAGCUUUAAGUUCAGUGUGUGCACAUCACUGGCCACACUGGAGAGGGUCGACAGCUACCUGUGCCUCUUAGGGAGAGGGCAGUCAACCUGGUAGAGAGGGAGCUAUGUGGGUCUCAGGACCUGUGUAGCCACUUGCAAUGUUAAAGUCCCAUGGAAUCCUUUGAACUGUGUCUAAUUACAAAAGGCCUAGAGAGGCCACGAGGUGCACAGUAAGUGUGAAGAAUGUCUGAUCCCAUGUAAGCAACAGCCCUACCACAGCAGCCUUACCUGAGUCUAUGGCAUUAGAAACAUCUGUAAUGUUUAUCUGCACAUGUUUCCCGUGCUGGCUGGGCUUCCCUAUGAGUGACCCCAGACAAUCUGAAACUCCCCCUCAAGGGCUGUGCCAUUUUCACGUUGGGUAUAUAGCGGUAGUGGGUCAUUGCUUAUAUGACUGAAUUUCUUGCUUGGAAUUAGAAAGCCUUAUUCCAAAUCUCUUGGGUUUAGAGAUCACUCCUUACCCACUUUUCUUUUCUCUCUCUCUUUCUUUAAAUUGCUGGCCCACUCAGGGCACGUUUGCCAAGGUUACAUUUUACCAUUGCUAAUUCUAUUAAGGUUUGAACCUUGACGGGCUUGUUCAGAGAGCUGAACAUUAUGUCCUUAUGACAGUUGGAGCCUGUUUCUGUGUAAAGUCCCAGAGAGGACAGCGACAUUAACGAAAUGAGCGCUGGUAAGGUUGGGGAUCUCCAGACUCCCCCAGUGACAGCAUGAAGAUGGCAUUAGAUGUGCGGACUUGCAUAUGGUCCGUUUGAUAAGAAUUUUAGUUCAAGCGUGGCUGAGAAAGCAUGAAUUAUGUAUGUGCAGCUUUGGGGUGAGGAAGGGGGUAAGGGGUAAGGUUGAUUGCAGGUGAUAUUUGAGUAAAUACUUGGAAGAUAUGGAUGUCCUGCUUUAUGAGUCACCACAUUAUUUCCAGAAUUGCUUUUAUUACAUUUCUCUAAUUUAAAAAAAUUAAUAAAGGUACCAAAUCAUGCUUGUACAUAUAUGGGGCAUCAUAGGCACUGAAGUAGACACUAAAAGCUGAAGAGAAGAGGAACAUUAAAGAAGGUUUAAUUUCCUUAUAAAUCAAUUCUGUAGCAAGGAAGUUUUAAAUGAUCACUAAUUGAUCAAUCAGUUUUGUGGUGAAAUAUCAAUGUGCGAAGUAUUCGCCUGAUAUUGUGAGAUCAUUAUCCAAAUAGAAAUCAAGAGAUCUCCAAACUCAUGGAACCUUAAUUUCCCCAAACAAAUACAAAGGCAGCAACUUGAGAACCAUUAUCAGCUUGUACCAAAAACACAUAGUUUAAAAAAAAAUCAUUUCCAAUACUCUUAAUACCCUAGGGAAUUUCAAUAUUGUUUUUUGCAGCCACAAAGAAAUAUAAUAAGAUAGAUGUUGAGUUGUCGCACUUUCAAAGACACGAGGCAAUGUAUGCUUCAAUCCCUUCAUUUUAUAGAUGAGCAGAGAAGUCUGAAAAGGUUUGAACAGGGUGAGCAAGGUCAUAGAGUUAGUUAGCAGGCUCUGCUGGAACUAGUUCCAGACUGGUCUUGUCACAGUGAGAGACCUAGUUCUGCAUGAAUGGCUUUCAGAAGGAAUGACGUGUUGAACUUUGCACCUUCACAGAUGUGCUUGCUGAGAGAAUGUAUGCUUUUAUUGGGCUCGAAACCCCUUAAGUGAAAAUAAGAACUCACAAGGUCAUAGCUACCCCCCACGAGUGCGUUCUUUCCUGCACAGGUCACGGUGUGGCUCCUGGGUUUUUGUAGACCACACUUGGCUAUUUGGUCUCCUCCUAAUCUAUUUGCCUGCUAGUAUUUACUAAGCACGAUUGCAUGGUGCUUUCUGAACCUCAAGUGAAAUAAAACAGAAGGAAGUACAUGAAUUGGGUUGCUCUAUUCAGGCAUAUACACUAGCGGUGACGUGUCAUAUGCCUCCCUCCCUCCUUCCCUUCUUCCCUCUCUCCCCCUCCCUCUAUUCUAUUUUGGUCUAAGGUGUUUUUUGUGGAAUGAAGUGAUUGGCCAAGGGUCCUGGGCUCACAGCUCCUAAAUCCUGACCUAAUUACAUCAGCUCCACUGUUUUGUUGCAGAAUUAAAGCAGUGCAGAGCGCUCUCAUCUGAUGGGGCCCUAAAUCUCCCAGUCAGCCCUGCUCCCAUCCGUUGAGCUAUCUCCUUCUGCCAGACAAGACAGCAAGAGAGAUGCUGCACUCACAAUGGUGCCCUGAUUUUCCAAACCCAGAAGAGUGAGACUGUGUGUGUGUGUGCGUGUGCGUGCAUGUGUGAAUGUGUGUGUACAUGUGUGUGUGUGAGUGUGUUUGAGUGUAUGUGUAUGUGAGUGAAUGUGUGUGCCUGAGUGUGAGUGAGUGUAUGUGUUAGAGAGAGAGAGAGAGAGAGAGAGAGAGAGAGAGAGAGAGAGAGAGUUUGUUCUAAUUACUGUUGUCUCAAUUUCUCAAGGGAAACCAGUUUAGCACCACAGAAAAUUAAAGCAUAACUUUGACUAAACUGUGCCAAAAAAAUAAUGUUUUGCACAUUUUUUUGUCUCUGAAGACUGACAGUAGUUAAUUUUUACUCAACCUAACUUACAAAAUUACAAAUAGAAUUAGGCUACUGUAUUUAGGCAUAUUCAGAAAUUUCCUUAAAUGUUUAGAUGAGAAUACCAUGUGUUACAGAGGGCUACUACACAUGUGUGCUGUGCUCCUGCACCGAGUAGUCUUUGUAGCUAUGAAUUUAUAGCAGCUAUUGUGGAUCUAAUCACCAAAGUGUACUCUUCGGUUGGUGGUUUAGUCCCUGGGAGCUCUGGGUGGUCUGGUUAGUUGAUAUUGUUCUUCCUAUGGGUUGCGAUCCCCUUCAGCUCCUUCAGUCCUUCCCCUAGCCGCUCCAUCGAGGUCCCCUGGCUCAGUCCGAUGGUUGAUUGUGAGCAUCUACAUCUGUAUUGCUCAGGUACUGAUAGAACCUCUCAGGGAACAGCCAUAUCAGGCUCCUGUCAGCAAGUGCUUCUUGGUAUCAGCAAUAGUGUGGGGAUGGGCAUGUGCAGAUGGGAUGGAUCCCUAGAUGAGGCAGUCUCUGGAUGGCCUUUCCUUCAAUCUUUGGUCCAUUUUUUUUGUCCCUGUCUUUUCUUUUCACAGAAACAUUUCUGGAUUUAAAAUUUUGAGGUGCGUGGGUGGCCCCAUCCCUCAACUAGCAGCCAUGCCUGUCUACUGAGGUGGUCUCUAUAGGCUGUAUCUUCCCUUUGUUGGAUACUUUGUCUAGUCAUCUCCAUGGGCUCCUGGGAGCCUCUCACUUCCCUCGAGUCUGAGACUUUCUAGUGGGUACCCCAGUUCCCCAUCCCCCUCUGCCACAUGUUUCUUUUCAAUUACCUGACCCUCUAUACUUCUCCCCUGUCCUUUCCAAUACCUGGUCCUGCCCCCCCCCCUUUUUCCCUCCACUUUCUCUCUCCCGUCCUUGGUCCCUUCCUCCCUCUACCUCCUAUGAUUAUUUUGUUCCACAUUCUAUGUAGGAUUGAAACAUCUAUACUUUGGUCUUCUUUCUUCUUAAGCUGCAUUUGCUUCGUGGGUUAUUUCGUGGGUAUACUUGGUUUAUGGGAUAUAUCAUGGGUAUUCUCAGCUUUUGGGCUAAAGUCCUCUUAUCAGUGAGUACAUACCUUGUAUGUUCUUUUCUGUCAGGGUUCCCUCACUCAGGAUGAUAUUUUCUAGUCCCAUCCAUUUGCCUACAAAUUUCAUGAGGUCAUUGUUUUUAAUGGGUGAGUAGUACUCCAUUGUGUAAAUAUACCACAAUUUCUGUAUUCAUUCUUCUGUUGAGGGAAAUCUGGGUUGUUUCAGUUUCUGGCUAGUAUAAACAGUGAUAGAGGGCUAAUAUCCAAAAUAUACAAAGAACUCAAGAAGUUAGACUCCAGAGAACCAAAUAACCCUGUUACAAAGGGGGUACAGAGCUAAACAGAGUUCCUAACUGAAGAAUCUCAAAUGGUUGCAAAGCACCUAAAGAAAUGUUCAGCAUCCUUAAGUCAUAAGGGAAAUGCAAAUCAAAAAUAAAAAACCCUAAGAUUCCAGCUCACAACAGUCAGAAUGGCUAAGAUCAAAAACUCAGGUGACAGCAGAUGCUGGGGAGGAUGUGGAGAAAGAGGGACACUCCUCCAUUGCUGGUGGGACUGCAAGCUGGUAAAACCACUCUGGAAAUCAGUCUGGAGGUUCCUCAGAAAAUUGGAAAUAGUUCUACCUGAGGACCCAGAUGUACCACUCGUGGGCAUACACCCAAAGAUGCUCCAACAUACAACAAGGACACAUGCUCCUCUGUGUUUAUAGAACAAAAAUUCUAAUUCAAUUUCCUUUGCUUUUAAAAAGCUUAUAACUUUACUACAUGUGCUAGAGAAAAGAUUAGAUUGAAUAUAUUUUUACCAUUUGGUUUAUCUUCUAGAGCAGCUUGAAUGAUAGCACAAUUAAUCACAAAGUUCACAUACUCUUUUUCAUCCAGUAAUGUACAGCCUCCUCCACUGUCAGCAUCUCUCGGCAGGACUGAGACAUCUGUUAAAAGUGAUGGGGUUGCUGUGACAUAGCGUCUCACAGUCCACGGUUUGUUACCUGAUGCUCAUACUUCUGCUGCUGCGUCGUCUGUGUUUCAGUAAAUAUGUGUGGAUAAGCGCCCGUUACUGUGGCAUCAUUCAGAAUCCUCUCACCUCCCUAAAAUGUCCCCUGUACACUCCCUUUUCAUCUCCUUUCCCCAACUUCUGGCAAUGCCUGAUCUUACUGUCUCUGGAGUAAACUCUGUGCAGGUGGAAUCGUGCACUCCGUAGUCUGUUCAGCGUGCUUUCUGUGGCGUGGCCAAGGCAGUUUUGUUUCCUUCCUUUCUCUUUACAGCAUAAUGGUUGAAUUUUUUUCAAGUGUGGACGACAAUUCGGUUCAUCUAGAUGGACCACAAUUUAGCCUUCCCUCCACGAACGGGCAUCUCAGUUGUUGACAAGUUUUUCCAGUUACACAUGAGGCUUAGAAAAGAAUCUAGCCGUGUAGUUUUUCAUACUACAGCUGUAAGUUUUCUAGUUCUUUGAAUGUUUUCAAGGGGGUAGAAUUAUGGGACCAAAUGGUAAACUUAUAUCUAGUCCUUUAAGAAAUCACCAAGGCAUCUCCCCAAGUAGCUGCACCCUUUGCUGUACCCUUUUAUAUUUGACCAGCAGGGAUCAAGGGUUCCAUUGCCUCACAUGCUCACCCGAGCUUGGUAUUGCUGAUUGGUUAGAAGGCACUAAUUCGGUCUCUUCCUUCGCCUCCGUCACCCCGAUUUCCUAUGGUGCACAGCAUUUUGCAAGUGUGUCUUUGACAUCUGUGUGUGGUUAUUCUCUUUUUGCUGACACAUCUCUCCAGGCUUUCCUUUAAACAUCAAGUUGCUCAUUUUCCGAUGGCCAACUCUUUCAGGAUUUUUCUUUUUUGCACAAUUUUAGAUGACAGCUCCUGAUUAGAAAGGUGUUCUGCAAGAGUCUUCACACCGUGUAAGACUUUUCAUAUAUAGAGAGACUGCUUCCAAUGAAGUUCAGAGUAUCGGUGUUGCUCUCAUGAAUUGGGCUUUCCGUGUUGUGUAUGAAAGUCACCAUCAGGAGGUUAUUUAUGCUUCCUUGGGUUGUCUUUGUUUCAUAGCUUUGCAUUUUUACAUUUAUGUGCAUGAUUUAUAGCGAGUUAAUGUUUGUCAAGGGUAUAAAGCCUAUGCCCAGCUCCAGAUUCCUUCUUUUGGUACAUGUCUGUGGCGUGUGUGUGUGUGUGUGUGUGUGUGUGUGUGAUGUAUGCAUGUGUGUAUGCCCAUGCAUCAUGUGUAUGUCCGGACAUGAUAGUUGCACAUGCACACUGGAGGCUAGAGGAAGACAUGGGUAUACUGUCUCAUCAGUCACCACCUUACUUCCUUGAGACAGUGGGGUCUUACACAACCUGGAGUUAGGUUGGCAGGUAGUUAGCCACAGACCUUCUCCUGUUUCCACCUUUCCUGAGGCUGGGAGUGCAGACUUACACACAGUCACACUCUACCUUUUACAUUGAUUCUGGGCCUUUGAACACAGAUUUUUGUCCAACUUGUUUUUCAAACUCUCUAGUAAAAUUCUUCUUUUUGUUUUCUGGAAAAAAAAAGCAACAUUAUUCGAUGAAUAAUCUUUUCUACUAUUUGCUUUAACUGCAUAUAAUUUUUAAAAGCUCCCAACUCCAAUGUUAUAAACCCUCCAGUUCUCUAGUAUAAAACAGAAAGAUUGACAGCCCAAACUGUGAGAUAAAUGGCAGUGUUAAUAUUUAAUAAGCAAAAGCAAUUCAUCAGGUAGAUGUUUUUUAAAUUUAAGUACUUUUAAGAUUCUAGAAGAUAUUCAAGUUCUUAUUAUCAAUGUUCUUGUGCAUUAUCUUUUAGAAAUUUUUCAUUGGCAUAGGAUACAAUGAAGGCUGUCAGUUAUCUACAAAAUCUAACAUGUAUAAAGUGAUAAAAUAAUAUAUAGUUUCAAGUCUUAGUAUUAGAUUAUACCAGCAUGGUUGGUUGUAAGAAAGAAGCGGAAGAGUUAUAUAAGAUUUCUUUGGAAUACUCAAUCUACAAUCUAUUAGGGUUGUAUUGGAUACCAUUUCUUUCUCUCCUUCUCCAUGUACAUAUGUAUAUAUACACACGUGUAUAUGAUUUUGUACAUGUUCCUCUGUAGUCAGGCACCUCAAUUGGUUCUGUAGCUUAGUGAUUAUGAAGAGUGUUACAGUAACAGUAUCGCAGGUAUCUCUGUGAUGUGUAGACACAGGUAAGGAGAAUGCUGCUUAUCUACAGAGUCAGAUUUUGUCUCAUCUGUAAAGAAAAGUGAAGAUGUAUUCUUUGCAAGAAACCAGACAUAGCUAGAGAAAAUCAUGUUAAACAAAUCCAUCCCUCUCAGUCAAGUAUUGCACGUUCUCUUUCAUUUGUGGGACCCAGAUAUUGUGCCCAUGUAGAAUCAUGUGUACGCCCGUGACAUGAAAGUAGAAAUACGAAUAUUGCUCAGAAUAUUGUCUGAGAUAUCAAAGGGACUAAUUGAGGAAAGGGCAGAAAGAGCAGGCUAAUGGAUAUGGGAGGAAGAAUGCCCAAAAUAUGUUAGAUAUUUGCACGAUAAUGGCCUCAUGUAACCUUGUAUAUAAUAAUCAUGGUAAUCAAACCUUUCUUUGCUAGGCAUGCUAGCACAUGCCCAUAAUCCCAGCACUUAUAAGAACAUGGCGGUUGGAGACAUGGAGAUCUCCAAAGGUUUAAGACCAGCCUAGGUUACAUGAUUUCACUGGACCUGCAUCCUGCAUGGGUAACUUAAUUGUGUUAGAUUCUCAACAUGCAUUCACUUGUGCGCUCUCUCUCUCUCUCUCUCUCUCUCUCUCUCUCUCUCUCUUUCUCUCUCUCUCACACACACACACACACACACACACACACACACGCUGACACACACAUGCUACCCUAUGCUCCUUUGUCCCUUAGAAUCAAAACCAAUCAUGCUAGCAAAUGAUUUAACUCAUUGUGCACUUGCAUUGUGAGGAUCUGGGUUCAAAUCCAAGAUACCCAAAAGAGCUUCUAUCCUAUCUGACAAAAUACUACUUGAUCUGAAUUUCCAUUGUGUUUCAGUGUUUAUCUUCUGCCUUCCAGGUGUCUAUGCCAGCAGCUCCAACUGUUUUGCUUUGUUUCAUUUUGUUUUGCUUUGUUUUGUUUUAUGGGGCUGGAAAUAGAACUCAGGCUGCUGUCAGCUAGGCAUGUUAGCCCUCUACCACCUAGCGACACCUGAAGCCUCCAGUUUUCUUUCUUUAUGUUCUUUAAAUAUCCAAGCCCAUUUCUCCUCAGAGCCUGUGUGCUUUUCUUCAUUUGACCCGGAUUUAUUUUCCUCCAGAUAUCCCGGUCAGUUCAAAUGCCAUCUCCUUCAAGAGAUAUUCUCCAACCGCCAUGUUCAAUGUUCUCUUCACACUCUAUCCAAGGACCACUCUGUUAUGUUCUCAUGCCUUAUUGUCUUCAGAAAAUUUAUUACUUUUUGAAAUUACUCAUAUUCCGUGUGUUUCACUCACUGGAGUGAAAGCUGUUGAAAGCCAAGACCCCCAGUGUCUUAUACGUCACCAGAUCACCACUGUCUUCGGUACUGACUGACCUAGCGGAAUGCAUUUUGUUGGAUUAGAUAAGUAAGAUUAUGAUAAGUGCCUUACUAGUUUGCAGUAGGGAGAGGACAAGAAUUUAAAAUUGCUUAGAUGAUCAAGACCAUUCCCUGUUAUUCUCUAUGCUACGGUUAGGCUCAGGGUUCAUUAAUAAUAAUCAAGGAGCAUGCAGUGUUACAUAGCAAUUCCUUCAUUGAUUAAAAAUGCUAAAUAUAUAGUGAAAGAUAUGGAAUUCCAGUUGAGUCUCUCUUACUGAGUUUCUUUAUUUACUUUUUCCAUAACCUGUUAUUUUCUGACACAGUCAGCGUCUAUAUUCUGUUUUUGUUUUGUUUUAGUUUUAGUACUCAGUGCAGAUUGGUACUUAUUAAUUUAUUUGGUUUUGUCAAAUGAACAACAUAAUAGGCAGUAUGCUAAAUUAGUAUUCAGCUUAUUGCAAAGUAUAGCAAGGAUAGGACAAUUUUACACGGACUCACAGUUAAGUGCGCAAGUAAUCCCAGGAAUUACAAAGAGCGGCUCUAACAGGGAUAAAGAAAGCGAGUGAGGUUUAAAGGAAUGCUGUUGUAAAAUAAACCCAACUCAUAAUUCCAACAAGAUAUCCAAGGAUUAUUGCUCAAGGCCAGCGUGAUGUAGUGACUGAAUCUGCCUGACAGUGCUGGCAACUCGCUCCUCAUUCUUUAUCCCCUUAGCCUGUAGAUGAAGAGGAAGCCCAGAGAGGCUGACUAAUGUGGUCCCCCUCACACAGCUGAGGUGACUCUCACUGGUUCUCUAGAUGUUUGUGCAGUAAGAUACACAGCGUCUCAAUCACAGGAAGGCGCGGCCCCACCUCAAGGCUCCCAUCCUAGUUUUCCUCAAGUCCACAAGUUUAUUGUUCCAGUUAUCAAGCCAAGAACUAACAAGCCAUUCUUUCCUCCUUUGCUACUCAGAGCCCCAUUCCUUCUCUGGCCCAUUUUACACCACCCUUGUUCAGAAUGACUCUAUUAUAUUAAAUGCAAAGCAGUUCACGUCCCUAAAACUCAGCCCCGCUCUGUGUUCACCUAGCUGACAAAGAACACUUAUCUCCAGUUUUUCCUCAGGCCUAUAGAGUUCAGGUUGAGGCACUGCUGCCCAUCCCUUUCACUUCUCACAGGACUCUGCAGUGGCUUUCUUCCUGUCCCUGGCCCAGUGCCAGGCUCUUGGUCCUUUGUGAGGGUUCCCUGUUGGCUGCUCUGCUCAGCCUUUUGUGUGGCUGAAUCAUUCUGUCUUGUUUACUUCUGCUGAAAUUCCUGACCCUCUUGGGAGGCCUUUCCAGAUGUCCCACUGUUGGGGUUUUGGUCAUCAUCUCUUUGUGUAUCAGUUUCAGAGCUCUGGGGUAUGCUUCCCAGUGUGUUACUGUCCCCUCGCUCAGAGGUCUGACCCUGGAGAGCACAGGACUCUGCCCUCCCCGCACAGGGCUCUGUCUUUAGAGUGGGGACAGUUCCUGGCAUCUCUGACAAACGGUAAGCACUUGUGAAUGAAUCUGGCUGAGCGUGAGCUGAGGACACAUUAUUCAUGGCUCAGGGAAGCAUACUAUUUAAUUUGUACAAGGGCCUUCUGAGAAACCAUGUCAAACACCAAGAUGGGAUAUAAAAUAGGGCACACUGUAAAGAUUGGUUGGAGCUUGCAUGGAUUAAGGAUCUAGCAUGGCACAGGCACUGCAUACACCUUUAUGGACAGAGUGAGUUCUUAGAGCCAUAGGCAUUCGGAAAGCACCAUUUCAGUCAAUGGGUUUAAACUCUUUAACUUGUAAAUACAGCUACCAUCGGGAGAAGGAUGGUUUAGCACUUCCCACCGUCUCCUGUUGCAUAAUAAAUAUCGAUUUGCAAUACAUGUGAGGAGCAAUUAAGUGGAUAAAUGAGAAAACAGACAAAUAGAUGAGGCAGCUAAAGUUCAAUAUCGAAGUGAGAGGAGAAGCAGGAACAGCAGUCAGUUUAAAUAGAGAAGCAACAUCUAACAGAACCUGUGGCAUAGAAGACACGGUACAGGUUUGGUACCACACAAAGCAGGUGUCUCUGUUAGCAGGAACUGGGUUCAAGAGAAAAAGACCUAAAAGAUGGGGAGACACCCAAAGGAACCAAGGGUUUAAAUUAGGCUAGCCUUUACAACCCUUAAAAUACCUCAGACUACAGGAAAACACCUUAAGUGUCACGAAAAUAUGUGUGUAACCAAAUGAAUCAGUUUUUUUUUUAAUACUUUGGUAAAACAGCCACACCAAAUAAUAGGUAAAGAAAUCGUGCUGUUUCAAAAUAGAUUUUUUUCCUGUUGUCUAAGUAAUUUAAUAAGACAAGUUGGGAAGAGAAAGGGAAGAAGGAGAAGUAGGAAGAAGAGGAGAACCAGGAAGUGGAGACAGAGGGUGAGGGGGGGAGGGACAGUGAGGGGAAGGAAGAAAGAGGGAAAAGGGAGUGAAGGGGAGGGGGAAGGACGCAUGAAUUUCUAGGAAAUAGAAGAUAGUAGGCAAUACAUUCCUUAGAACCAUUGUGUGUAGCUUAAAUGCUUUCUAUGGAGUUUCACAAUUACCUUAGAAGAUUCCAUAAUCAACAGUGUGCUUUUCAUCACUGGAAAACAUCUUGUCCCAUGGAGAUGAUAAUGUUUUGUAGCUGAAGGAGACUUCCUAGUCUAAGUCUCCUUCAAGGGAAGAAUGUGUGAAUUUCCAUGCUCAGAAGAUUUUUAAAAGCUCUUACCAUGUUAAGAUGGGAAUUGGAAACUUAUUCAUCAUCUGUUUUUACUCUCAUGUUCAUUUACAUCUAGGUGUUAAGUGAAAAUAUUAGUUAAUUCUUCAAAGUGUGCGUAGGGGGGGAGGUUUCAUACAGAAAGAAUAGCUUCAGUUUUCUGAGACCUCUGAAGCCUUAAAUAUUCGGAACCUCAGAAUGACCGCCUGGCAUUUCAUUUUGCAAGAAGUCUAAGCAGCCGCGAUGAAUUCACAGAUGCAGACCUGCCAAGGUUAAAUUCCGUUUCACACCCAGCAAGCACACAUAAUCAGGGGACAAGCACUGUCCUGCACUGCCCUUUGAACUCACAGUUUUGUUGGCAGGGGAGGGUCAACCCUGAGCUACUUCAGAGAUGGAUGAACUAGCUUAGCCCACCCCGGCCCAGUUUAUAGACCAGCAAAUUUGUUUCCCGUUACCUUUUAAGUAUGGGUUCUGCGUCAUUUAACAAGCAACCCAAAUGAGCAGCGGUUGGAUGAGAUCAGAUUAGAUAAUAAAUUGGGAAUUGUUCAGGGAAGGUCUUUUGGAAAUAAUAACUGUGGUUUUUCCUUUGUAUGCAUGUUUGUUGUGUUUUGUUUCUUUCCCCUCUGUGUUGGUUUGGCUCCGUUCUGAAGGGGGCCUAAUAGGAACAGGGUUUGCCGGCGUGUUAGAGAGAGGAGCCCAGGGUGGAACUGUCUUAACAUUAGGUAAAAAUGCUCACAAUGUUCAUUCAGCACAGCUCUCAACUCUCCAUAUGAUGAAUAGGCUUGUAAGAGAAAAUCAGUUUAUAAUCUCUUCAGUUUAUGUCCAACCUGUUAUAGACGCUCGGGGUUUUAUAUAUAGUGCACAUACAUUGCAGUUUCAAUAUAGGGACUAGAAUGCAAAUGUGUGUUCUGGUGUCCAUUUUGCUGCUAUUUAUUUCCUAUUUGAAGUAUGCAAUGGCCUUUGAUCGCCUCUUAAGUUAAAAAUCAAACUGUAAGUAGCUACGAAGAUCUAACUUCAUCUUCUGCUGCAGUCAGGCCUUUAGACACACUUAUUCAAUAUUGUUAAAGAUAUUUAAAUAGAACAUUAUUAAGAUGUUUUAUGUUUAGAUUAUGCAUGCAUGAGACUCAUAAGCUAUGGAUUUCAUUUAGCAAAGAGUGUGUGAUAAAUCACGUCUGCUCUAAGGCUUGUUACAGCAGUGGAAAUAGCAUCCUCCCUCAGCCUCUGCCAGCCUCAGUGGAACACUGUCUUUCCUGAGGUCGCAAGACGGCUGCCACAGUUCAUGACCUGGUGUGCAGACACCACUGCACCACGGCAUCUAAAAGGGCUGGCUUAUUUAGUGUGUUAAAUAUUUACCAGAUACACUACGUGUUCCAUGUUGCUUCUCAGAGGAGACUGUAACUAUCAUUUAGUGUAAAUAUGCAAAGAAGGGUGUCCUUUAAUUAGCAGUCUAGGAGAUUCUGUAGGUUAAAGACUUAAUAGCUGGCCUAGUCUUUUAAUAAAAGCGGAUGGAGAACUUAAUUCAAAAUAAUAUAGAAACCAUACAAGUGCUCCAUAGGCAAUUGCCUACUUCCCAGGAGGAAAAAUAUUGAGUGCUGCAGAAAGAGCGGGAGAGCAAGAGAGCAGAGUGAGAGAGGGAGAGAGGGAGAGGGAGAGGGAGGGAAGGAGGGAGAGCAUGUGUGCUAGUAUGUAUUAGUAGCUAUUCUUGGUUGAAGUGCAUUUUGUUGAAUAAUUCAACUUGUUUUGUUUUCUCAUGUGAAUACACUUUUGUCCUAGAAGUUUAGUGUUGUGCUUUGUGAGCCUAUAAGCUCCACUAAAGCCCACUUGUUACAAUAGUAGCUUUUUCUGCAGGAGAGAAGGGUGCUGCUUUGCUUUAUAAGUAAUUAGUGUUUGGGGACGAGCUACUCAAAUAGAUCUCAACCAUGGUCUACAGGCACGGAUGCCUACAGGGUCCAGAGGUGACUGACUGGGAGAAUUGGGCCCAGGGGAGGGCCUAUAGCUAAAGGGAAAACACAGACUUAUUGGCGGACAUUCUUCUCCCUCAGCUCUUCUCUGUACUUAUUAUAUGGAAUUGGGUACGGGGUUACUAUAUCAUCUGAUAAUUAAAAACAUAAGAAACCAAAUAUCUGAUUUAUCUGUAUAGUCUCAUAACUUUUAGAUGUUGACCCAGUUUUACAGAGAACAAAUGUCAAACACUUGGAUAUGCCAACUCAAACGUGACUGAGGGAGGUAACAGUCCUGCCAACUGCUGCUCGAAGUCUCUGAACUAGCUACCUGUUGAGGUAGCCAAAUGCAGUGACCAGUGAGGACCACUGGCUAGAGUGUUCAAGAAAUGUGCAGCCUUCCUGGUGCUGGGGGUGGGGCUGCCUCUGCAGAGACGCAGCAUGCCUCGCCAAGGACAGCACAGCCACGGGUUACUAACUCCACAGCUGUCCAGGACUGCUCAGCAGAAACUGUACAACAGAAAGGCUCCAUAAACUCUAGGGUUGGUCUCGAGUUGCUAAACCAUUGGGUUGCUUUGAGGUAGAGGCUGAGAGAGCAUUUCAGGGCUAUAAAUCCCAAAAGGACUGAGGAAUCUGUUCUCCUCCAACACCUCUGACAGAAUGGCCCUGUCAUGUCAUUUUGAUCUAGACCCUUCUGAGCUUCUGCUUCUUCACGUCCUGUCCAGUGGUGCACAGCCACAUUCAUUCAUUCGCUGUCUGUGACCUGAGCAGACUCUGAUUGCUGUUUCCCUCCUUUGAUAAGACUGAUACACUAUAAGGCUGACAACCAUGACUUUCCAAAUAGAACUCUAGACUCAUCCUCAACAUCAUAGUCCCACACUGCAUUUAAAAAAUGUCUUGUUAUAAUCAAGUCCCAAGAUCUUUGCCUCCCAACUAAAAUCCUCUAGAAGAGAGGUGUGGGGAGCCCAAGCCGUAAAGUCUUACCAACAUGACUGCCUAAACAUGAACUGAACAAGAGCAAUCCAAUCAGAGCCAACGCAGAAGACAGAAAGACCCCAAAUCCCGGGACCGGGACCUCAACCCAAGAACUACAGAGAAUUAAAGAAUGAUGGGUACGUGAGAAACAGUCUUCCUCAGUGAAGAGCACACCAGUUGGUUAUCUAAUACCAAAUGGUUGAGUAAGAGGUGGUUUGAGAAACGGCUCACCAGUCAAGUGCACAUUAGAAAGAGCUGAGUUCAGUUCCCUGAACCCAUGUCGGUCAGCUCACAGUUGUCUGCUCCGGAGAAUAAAACAUCUCUUGCUUCUUUGAGAAUGUGCACACACAUACUCACACACACACAGAUACACACUCACAUACACAGAUACACACACAUACACUCAUAGAGUCAAAACAGACAGAUUUAGACACACACGCGCACACACGCGCACAUACUCACACAUGCACAGGAGAAUUAAGGCAGACUUACACAAUAUUACAUGAAAUAAAUAUUUUAAAAAGGAAAAGAGCAAAUAAUGUAAAAUCACGGGCAAGUGAGGUCUCUACUUCUGAUAGCUUAUGGAUGGUUUCACUUGAUUGUGUCUGUUCUUCUGCAAAGAUAGUUACUUAUGACUGUUUUCUUGGUCUCACCAAAUACUGAAGGUGUAAAUCAGUGAACGUCAGGGGUAAGUUUUAAGUUGCUCUUUGUAGAGGUAUCUUGCAUACCUAAGAGCUCUGCUCAUCUGACGAGUGUGUCAGCACUUCCGGGUUGGAAAGGAGCUUUUUAACUAUUAACACAUAGCAUGCACUCCAGCUACACGUAGUUGCAGUUACAGCUGUCUGGGGAACACAUGCAUUUGCCAAAUUAAUUACACCAAUGAGGGUAUUUGCUUGGUCAGAUGAAGGAAAAAAAAAUCACUCUCCAACUCUUCUACCUCUGCGUCUUAGUUACGGUCUCUUUGUUGUAAUGAAACACCAUGACCGUAAGAGCAAGCUGGGAAGGAAAGAGUUUAUUUAUCUUCCUCUACUGCCACACUGUCUACUACUACAUCACUGAAGGAAGUCAGGACAGGAACCCAGUCGGCAGGAAGCUGGAGGCAGGAGCCAAUGCAGAGGCCGUGGAGGGAUGCUGCUUACUGGCUUGCUUCACAAGGCUGUCUUCUCUCUUGUAGCACCCAGGAGCACCAGUCCAUGGAUGGCACCGCCCACAAUGGGCGGGGCCCUCCCCCAUCGAUCACUAAUUGAUCUCAGGCUCACCUGAAGCCUGAUCUUAUGGGGACAUUUCUUUUCUAAGUUGAUGUUCCUUCCUCGCUGAUGACUUUAGUUGACAUAAAACUAUCCAGCUCACUUUGUUUCAAGAAUAAUCGAGUUGGAAAUACUUGGUGUUUAGUGCAAGCAGCUCUUAGGUAGACAAGAUAAUCUUUUAAUUAGCAACAAAAACUGGGUUCUCUUCCUUGCCCCAACUGUGUUCAGUUCAUCAGCUGGGGCAUGGAACCGGUUCUGGAGCUGCUCCUCUUGCCUGUGAGCGCCCUGCGCCUGCGUAUGGUGUGUGUGCUGUUAGGCUGAUUUGAGAGACAGUGAUCAUACUCAUUUCCUGACCUGUUGUUAUUCAAAGUCUAGACUGCAGAUCUGCAGAAGCUUCUCCCUAAUUGUUUUUAAUUGUUCUGCUGUGGUUGAGGAAGCCAGAAUAAUAACAGAAGGAUUCAGAACCCAAGGACGGUGAUUUUUGUUGUUGUUUAAAGAUGUUCAUGGAACGUUUUAUAGCAUCUUUUUGUCAGCAUCAUUAGGUCCGUAUCCUCGAUGCAAAUACAGCCUUCUCCAGCACACAAAAUGAGAAACCUCAAAGCCUAGGGGAAUUUCAUGGGAAGAGUGGAUUGACUCCCCACACUUCAGAGCUGGAACGUUCCUGGUUGGUAAAUAUUUGACUUCCCAAAUAAAAGUGUCCCUACUUCAUUGUGAGAAAUCUACAUCGGAAGUUGAGCCCUGCCUGAGGGUAGAGGAGAGAUCAGUCGCCUGUGAACCUUACAACAGGUAGGAGGAGGACAGCCUGCCCCCUUGGGAUGGCCGUGCACACUUGUUAUGAUAUUGUUAUUGAACAACCAUGAUUCAGUCAGACGCAUUUCUUUAAAUUACAUUUCUGGGAACAAGGACCUGAGGAGUAUCACUAGUUUGCUGGGUAAUAUAGUGACAGGAAUGAUGAAUUAGACUGGGAACCAGUUCCUAGUGUUAGAAACCCCCCACCCCUGCAGAGACCUUAGGGAGAAAGACCCUAGGAGAGGGAUUACAUAGGAGUCUUGCCUAUCCAGGCAACUUCUGUCCUUUGGCCUCAAGUGGUUUUGAUGGAGCUGCUUUUUUCUUUUUCUUUUUAAGUCGUUUGUAAUUUUUAAAGAUAAGACUGAAGGCUUGGACAGAUUCAGUUAAAUGCAGUUUCACCUGCCUCUUGGCUCCUAUGGUUUAUUGUGGAGCAGUGGGACUGGAGUUCCAGGAGCUCCAAGUUCCCCUUCUCUGAAACCUACCGUCCCUGUUCCCUGUAUCUGCUGUCCCUAAGCCUAUGAGAAGCUUCUCUGAGAAGCGCAUUUUAAUAUUUAGAUCAAACGGUGAUUGGAAUACAUUAAUGCCCAGUGGGUUUGAAAGCAGCUGCUGAGCCUUCUCCCUGCUGCUCCAAUUAACACAUGCAGCACACUCAGUCAGCAAGAGGGCUGAGCAUAUGGAUGAAACCACUUCGCAGAUCACUAGUGUGGCUUGCAGGAGAGCCGAAGGGUUAACUAGCCUCCCUUUUUCCUAAACCGCCGCUUUCGAGGAAGUUUUGCACACGGCUGCCCUGCUUGGAGCACAGGAAUGCUCGUAGGAGUGGGUAGGAUUAGCAGGUGGGCAAAGCCAGGUCUUCCCUAGUUUGGUUCAGUCCAUUGACUAGCGCGCUUCCCCACCCCCGCCCCGCGAUGGAGGUGUUGGGGGACGCCUCUUGCUUCAAGCUGAAUAUCUUUAACUUUUGUUUGGUUUGGAAACAAGUUGAAGCCCACAGCUUUGCUGAGUUUUUUUUCCCCCUCUCUCACUUUCUCUAAUUAUUAUCUUUUAUUAUCCUCUUACUUUCUUUCUCUGCCCCACCCAUCCUUUAAAAAAAAAAUAGUAGAUUUGACAGUUUCCUGGGCUAAAUGAGAAGUCUCACCAAGCUACUCCCACGCCGCUGUUGUGUUUUCUCCUGCUGUGGCUGAACUCUUGGCCUUGAUGGGCAUAAGGAGAAAGGCUGGAGGGUAAUGUGUCCCGGUCCCCGGGCUUGGUGAGGGUCAUUCAUGCUCCGCCGGCUUGAAGAGCAGCUGGGCUGUCCGCUCUGCUGCUGUCUGCGCCGCUGCUGCCACGGUGCCCCGGGAGCAAGUCAUGGACCGCUUCCUGGGAUUUGUCAAGCAGAUUCGGAGAUCCAGGAGAAGAAAAGGAAAAAAGUACCGGCCAGAAGAGGAUUACCAGGAGGGCUAUGAGGAUGUCUAUUACUACGCUUCGGAGCAUUUUCGAAAUGAGAGUCCCUACACUAAAUCUGCCAGCCAGACAAAGCCGCCCGAUGGAGCAUUGGCUGUGAGGAGACAGAGCAUCCCAGAGGAAUUCAAGGGCUCCACCGUGGUGGAGCUGAUGAAGAAGGAGGGAACCACUCUUGGCCUGACGGUAUCAGGAGGAAUCGAUAAAGAUGGAAAGCCAAGAGUGUCCAACCUGCGGCAGGGAGGGAUUGCUGCCAGAAGUGACCAGCUGGAUGUGGGCGACUACAUCAAAGCGGUGAAUGGGAUCAACCUGGCCAAAUUCCGCCAUGAUGAGAUCAUCAGCCUGCUGAAAAAUGUUGGGGAAAGAGUGGUCCUGGAGGUCGAGUAUGAGCUUCCACCGGUCUCUAUCCAAGGAUCGAGUGUUAUGUUCCGAACAGUGGAAGUCACUUUGCACAAAGAAGGCAACACCUUUGGUUUUGUCAUCCGAGGGGGAGCGCAUGAUGACAGAAAUAAGUCCCGUCCAGUUGUGAUAACCUGUGUUCGUCCUGGAGGGCCUGCUGACAGAGAGGGCACCAUCAAACCUGGAGACAGGUUGCUCAGUGUGGAUGGAAUUCGGCUUCUGGGAACCACCCAUGCUGAGGCCAUGAGCAUCCUUAAACAGUGCGGACAAGAAGCAACGCUGCUGAUAGAAUAUGAUGUCUCCGUGAUGGAUUCUGUAGCAACAGCAUCCGGGCCACUACUAGUUGAAGUUGCCAAAACUCCCGGUGCAAGCCUUGGGGUUGCACUAACUACCUCCGUGUGCUGUAACAAACAAGUCAUCGUCAUAGACAAAAUCAAAUCUGCAAGCAUUGCGGACAGGUGCGGGGCGCUACAUGUGGGAGACCACAUCCUCUCCAUCGACGGCACGAGCAUGGAGUACUGUACCCUCGCAGAAGCAACCCAGUUCCUGGCCAACACCACUGACCAGGUCAAGCUGGAGAUUCUCCCACACCAUCAGACCCGCCUGGCCCUGAAGGGACCUGACCAUGUGAAAAUUCAGAGGAGCGACAGACAGCUUCCCUGGGAUCCCUGGGCCAGCAGCCAGUGCAGCGUUCAUACCAACCAUCACCAUAACCCGCACCACCCAGACCAUUGCCGAGUACCAGCCCUGGCUUUUCCGAAAGCGCUUACUCCAAACAGCCCUCCGGCUAUGGUGUCCUCGUCCUCUCCUACCUCUAUGAGUGCGUACAGCCUGAGUUCCCUGAACAUGGGGACUUUACCUCGAAGCCUCUACUCUACUAGUCCACGAGGAACCAUGAUGAGGAGGAGACUGAAAAAGAAGGACUUCAAAAGCUCACUGUCUUUAGCUUCUAGCACUGUGGGAUUGGCUGGACAGGUUGUUCACACUGAAACCACAGAGGUUGUGCUGACGGCUGAUCCUGUCACUGGCUUUGGAAUCCAACUGCAGGGCAGCGUGUUUGCCACAGAGACUCUCUCCUCCCCACCUCUGAUUUCCUAUAUUGAAGCUGACAGCCCAGCAGAGAGAUGUGGUGUGCUGCAGAUUGGAGACAGAGUCAUGGCCAUUAAUGGAAUCCCAACAGAAGACAGCACCUUUGAGGAAGCCAAUCAGCUCCUUCGAGACUCUUCCAUCACGAGCAAAGUCACACUGGAAAUCGAGUUUGAUGUUGCAGAAUCUGUCAUCCCAAGUAGUGGAACAUUUCAUGUAAAACUGCCUAAGAAGCACAGCGUGGAGCUUGGAAUAACCAUCAGUUCGCCAUCCAGUAGAAAACCAGGGGACCCUCUCGUCAUUUCAGAUAUCAAGAAAGGCAGUGUGGCACACAGAACUGGAACUCUGGAACUUGGAGAUAAAUUGCUCGCCAUAGAUAACAUCCGGUUGGACAGCUGUUCCAUGGAAGAUGCAGUCCAGAUCCUCCAGCAGUGUGAAGACCUGGUGAAGCUCAAAAUCCGCAAAGAUGAAGAUAACUCAGAUGAGCAAGAGAGUUCCGGGGCGAUUAUUUACACGGUGGAGCUGAAGCGCUAUGGGGGGCCCCUUGGCAUCACCAUUUCUGGAACGGAAGAGCCCUUUGAUCCUAUUAUCAUCUCGAGCCUCACUAAAGGGGGAUUAGCUGAAAGGACUGGAGCGAUCCACAUCGGAGAUCGAAUCCUAGCCAUCAAUAGCAGUAGCUUGAAGGGGAAGCCUCUGAGUGAAGCCAUCCACUUGCUACAGAUGGCGGGAGAGACUGUCACCCUGAAAAUUAAGAAGCAGACAGAUGCUCAACCUGCCUCAAGUCCCAAGAAGCUGCCCAUCCCCAGCCACUCAAGUGACCUAGGAGAUGGUGAGGAGGACCCCUCCCCAAUACAAAGGCCUGGCAAGCUCUCUGACGUGUACCCCUCCACAGUACCCAGCGUGGACAGUGCUGUGGACUCCUGGGACGGAUCUGGAAUAGAUGCCAGCUAUGGGAGUCAAGGCACGACUUUUCAGACUUCAGGGUACAAUUUCAACACCUAUGACUGGAGGAGUCCGAAGCAAAGAGCCAGCCUGUCCCCGGUCCCCAAGCCUCGAAGCCAGACAUACCCAGAUGUGGGCUUGAGUAAUGAAGACUGGGACCGGUCCACAGCCAGUGGCUUCGCCGGGGCUUCUGACAGUGCAGACGCUGAACAAGAGGAAAACUUCUGGUCUCAAGCAUUGGAGGACCUGGAGACCUGCGGCCAGUCGGGAAUCCUGAGAGAGCUCGAGGAGAAAGCUGACAGGCGUGUGUCAUUGAGAAACAUGACCCUCUUGGCAACAAUCAUGUCGGGGAGCACUAUGAGUUUGAAUCAUGAGGCUCCAACGGCUCGCAGUCAGCUGGGGCGACAGGCCAGCUUCCAGGAACGGAGCAAUUCGAGGCCACACUAUAGCCAAACGACUCGCAGCAACACUCUGCCCUCGGAUGUGGGCAGAAAGUCUGUAACCCUGCGGAAAAUGAAGCAAGAAAUCAAGGAGAUUAUGUCCCCAACUCCCGUGGAGCUUCACAAGGUGACCUUAUACAAAGACUCUGGCAUGGAGGACUUUGGGUUCAGUGUGGCAGAUGGCCUGCUGGAGAAAGGGGUGUAUGUCAAAAAUAUCCGCCCAGCUGGGCCAGGUGAUCUUGGAGGCUUGAAGCCUUAUGACAGGCUCUUACAGGUUAACCACGUCCGAACGAGAGACUUCGACUGCUGCCUGGUGGUGCCCCUCAUAGCCGAAUCCGGUAACAAGCUGGACCUGGUUAUUAGCAGAAACCCGCUGGCCUCCCAGAAGUCGAUAGAACAGCCGGCUCUGCCCAGUGACUGGAGCGAACAGAACAGCGCUUUCUUCCAGCAGCCCAGCCACGGUGGUAACCUAGAGACACGAGAACCCACUAACACAUUAUAGCAUUACUUUUAUAAAGCAGGACGAAAGACGAUAUCUACAUGGUGCUAAAACAAAACAGAACAGAACAGAACAGAACAGAACAGAACAGAACAGAACAGAACAGAACAACCCUUUAAGAUUUCUGUGACAGCUGAAGCACAGAGAAUCACGUGGCAUUAAUGCAAGCACAGGGGUCUUUUAAAUCUCCCUCAUAGCUCAUGUUCUCAUCCCUUCCCAACUAGAAGAGGUUUCUUUUAGGAUGACCACUCUGUUAACUGGCGGGUCCUUCUCUGCCGGGGGUGGGGAGGCCCCAUCGGUAGACAAUAAAGAGGAAGGCAGCCCACCCCUUCCCCCACCCCAAUCAAGAUCAGAGGAAACUUUUUACAAUUCACCUUACUGUCACUUUUUACAGAGAGAAACAUCCCUUUGAAAAUAUUCUCUAUGGUAAUUUCCUGAAUGGAAUAAGUUUCUUACUAUAACGUCAUUAGUGUAAGAACACGAUCAAUAUGGAUUUACACAUAGCUGGCCCUGCUAGGGGAGCUAGGAUGGGUGAAUGGCUAGGCCUGCCGCGGUGGGAGGGGCACAGGUAUAACAUUAGGUUUUCUUAAAAUAUUUCAGCAACAGUGCACGUUGGAGACCAUAAUAGGUGGUGGUAAAUGUUUCGCCCAAAUAUAGGAAUGAUUUUAACUAAGAUGUAUGCUAUUCCCUAUGCAACAGAUGAUCAAACAGGAUAUGUCUUGUGACCUGUUUUUUUUUUCCCUUAAGGACACAUUCUUUUUUUUUUUUUUAAUAGCUGAAAAAAAUCUCUGGUAAUGAAUUAGAGUGUGUAGUAACACUGAGCAUUAGUGAUAUGAUCCUAUUUUUAAAAUCCAAGACUAAGAAUUUAAGGAGUGAAGAGUCUAAUGAAAUGAGAUUCACUUUCUGGGUAGGCAAACAGAACUCAUGCAGCUCAGAAGUCUGCAGACUGCUACACCGAGGGGUGCACAGCACAAUGACUUAAGGACGACGACGAUUUUGUUCUGAGUCACGCCACUUGCUUAACUUGUAAAUACAUUUUCACAAAGCUCAUUGCCAAUCACUGUCCCCCAAAGCAAUAAACUGUGACAGUUGCUUUAAAUGUCCGUGGGCAACUGUUUUCAUUUGUUCAGAUAUUUUGAAUAGCUACACUAAUAACUGUUAUUUGGUAGAUAUUUAAAGAAAAAUAACUAGAUCUGUAUAUUGAUGGUAGAAUGUCAAAACAAUUCUUUCCCAAACAUGUUCAUUUUGGUCACUAAUACAACUAACUGCACAGGCAAAACAUCGAAACACUGUGUCCUUUGUUUAAGGGAAAUGAUUCAUCUUUCUUUUUUGUGCAAAGAAAUAUAUAAUUUCAGACACAUUUCAGAACCGCCAGGGCAAAGAAAGUAUAGAACAGAAUCAUGUUAAGAAAAAAAAAUCAUGAGUCACUUAAAUAUGUAUUUUUGUUUGUAACAAACAAGUAUUAAACUGUAAAGUAUUUUUGUACAAAUUUAAUACUUUAAUAGCAUGGUAUUUAUCGUCUAUGUAUGGUUUUGGGGAAUUCGAAAUUGUUGCAAAUAUUUGUAUUGAAAAAAAAAAACCCUCUACCAAAUGGAAUAAAUGGUGAUUUUAAAAAGCCAAAAUAAAAAAAAAAAAGUGACCUGCA